AGAAAAUAAUUUUAGAAUACUCGUUACCGGAAUUUUAAAGAAGCGACUGUAAAAAUGUCGAAGAUUUUGGAGAUCGGCGACCCUGUGCACAUCUAUAGCACGAAAAAACAACGAUCAAACCUUAAACAGCGACAGCUUUGGAACAUUCCCAAAAUACCGUCAUUUUCCCAGCUUCAGGAUAUGGAAAUUUCAGCAGGGAGCGACCACGUUUCCCGGGAACAAUGGGUCAUCGACGGUCCCAACACGCAUGAGAAGGUGAUCAUCCUCUCAGAUCAUCCAUAUGCCACUCGAGAACGACGUUCAUAUGGAAACAUUCGUGGCGUGGAGAACUAUUGCGAUCCGGUUGCCACCCAGGACGAACGAAUGGAGGCCAAUCCGGGCAUAGUCCCGAAAGAAGAAGACCCUGAGCCUUCUCCAAAAAUCACGAAUGGACUUAUAUAUCAAGGCACCUUCAAUGAAGAAUUCGACAUGCUGGACAAUGAGUCAAAAGCUAAAGCAAAUGGAAACCUACAAGAUGUUAAACCAGAAGCUCCGCAGCAUCCUUUAGAAAACACCGCCUUUCAGAAUACACCGCCCAGUAUUGGCGGACAGAAUAAUGAAAACACUUCGGGAUACAUAGUCAAGAGGGAUGAAAUGGCAACCUUGAUGAAUGAUAUAGACACGGAUGGUAUCUUCGAUUAUCUGAAACUGCAGUUGGACACGCAGACGCCAACGGAGCAGCAAGACAAUAAGGAGCCCCAUUUGCUGACGUCCUCAGGAGAGAAGAAUAAAUAUAUUGGUGUGGUGUCCUUGCAUGAGGCAUGUCCCUUUCCAACGUUCGAGAAGAUAGUCAAGGAUAUUAUCGAGCAGGAUUGCAAGAAGAUAAUAGAGACCAAGAAGAUGGUGGAUGAGCUGGUCAAGGUGGAGGUCAAAAAGGAGAUCGAGGAGGUGGUCAAGCAGGAGGUCAAAAAGGAGAUCGAGGAGGUGGUCAAGCAGGAGGUCAAAAAGGAGAUCGAGGAGGUGGUCAAGAAGGAGAUCAAGAAGGAGAUCAAGGAGGAGAUCGAGAAGGAGAUCCAGGCGGAGAUCGACGAUGAGAUCGUGGAAGUGGACUAGGAAAUGGGCGAGGAAGAGGAAGAGGAAAUAGAGACUAAAAUAAUUAAUAAUCCUAUCUAUUUGAUGCCUUAAGCAUCUAUGACUUGGAGCUACAGUGAAACCUUGCAAACAAAUCUCAUUUACAUCAUUUGU